GGUCCACAUUGCUUCUUGGAUCUAAUGAGAUUAUUAUCUACGUGAAAACAAAUACUGAGGAAACAAUGAAGCUUGAUUUAAAGCUUAGUAACACUAUCUACGAAGUUAAAUCAGUGAUCCGAGAUAAAAAAAACAUCCCCACUUCCCAUCAACGAAUUAUUUUUAAUGGCAAAGAAUUGGAUGAUCAUAAUAUCCUUUCAAAUUACAAAAUUCAAAAAGGGUCCAUACUUCAUCUUGAAUCUACGGAAAUUAUUAUCUACGUGAAAACCAAUACUGGAGAGACUAUAGAGCUUAAUUCAAUGCCAGAUUAUACAAUUCAUAAAGUUAAGCUAAUGAUCCAAGAUAAAAAAAACAUCCCUCUUGUCCAACAACGUAUUUAUUUUAAUGAACAAGAAUUAAAUGACAAUAGUAGCCUUUCGUUUUGCCAAAUUAAAAAAGAGUCUGUACUUUAUCUAGAAAUUUUGACAAUGGUUAUAAAAAUCUAUGUGAAAAUAAUGAACGAAAAAAUUAUAGAAUUAGAAGUAAGGAGAGAUCAUUCAAUUAGAGAGGUUAAGCGAUUGAUCCAGGAUAAAGAAGGCAUCCCUUCUGACAAACAAUAUCUUUUUUUAAAUGAUCAAUUGUCCGACGGUGACUUCUUGUCAAAUUACAAAAUCGAAGAAGAGUCUACAUUACAUCUAGAAUAUGAAGAAAUCAUGGUCUAUAUAAAAUUAAUAGACGGAAAAAUCAUAAACCUGAAAGUGAAUAGAAAUUUCACCAUCAAACAAGUUAUUCGCAUGGUUAAAGAUAAAGGCAUUUCGAUAGAUCAUUUAACCGUAAUUCUGGACCACAGCAAUAACGUCUUAACUUCCUUGAGAACAUUAGAAAAUUAUAGGAUUAGACAUGAGUCCACUCUUAAUUUACAUCAAUCUAAACGAUUUUCUGGUCAGUUAAUCGUGAAAUCACUAACCGGAAAAGAAAUAAAAAUUGAUGCAGAAUUUAGUGACACCAUUGACCAAGUUAAACAAAAGAUCCAGGACAAGGAGGGAAUCCCUCCUGAUCAACAACGUCUUAUUUAUUCUGGCAGGCAAUUAGAAGACGGGCGUACCUUAUCAGAUUAUAAUAAUUUUGAAUCUAAACUAAUUUACGGAUAUUGGGUUUAA